AUGGCGCUCAACAAUUUCCUCUUCGCGCAGUGCGUCUGCUACUUCCUGGCCUUCCUCUUCAGCUUCGUGGUGGUGGUGCCGCUGUCCGAGAACGGCCACGACUUCCGCGGCCGCUGCCUGCUCUUCACCGAGGGCAUGUGGCUGAGCGCCAACCUGACGGUGCAGGAGCGCGAGCGCUUCACGGUGCAGGAGUGGGGCCCGCCGGCCGCCUGCCGCUUCAGCCUGCUCGCCAGCCUCCUCUCGCUGCUGCUCGCCGCCGCGCACGCCUGGCGCACGCUCUUCUUCCUCUGCAAGGGACACGAGGGCUCCUUCCUCUACGCCUUUCUGAACCUCCUGGUCAGCGCCUCCGUGGUCUUCCUCGUCUUCAUUGCCAGCACCAUCGUGAGCGUGGGCUUCACCAUGUGGUGUGACGCCAUCACCGAGAAGGGCACUGUGCCCCACAGCUGUGAAGAGCUCCAGGACAUCAAUUUGGAGCUGAGCGUGGACAACUCUGCCUUCUAUGACCAGUUUGCCAUCGCCCAGGUAGGUGGGUCUGCCCAGGUAGGCGUGGUCGUUCUGGUGGGAGGGGCUUCCAGCAGGCAGGGCUGCCCAGGUACAUCUCUGGGGACCCCGUCAGCUGGGAUGCAGCUGUGUCAGGAUUUGUUAGUGUUUGGCCUCUGGGCCUCGUGGCUGGCCUGGCUGGCCAUCACCAUCCUGGCUUUCCUGAAAGUCUACCACAACUACCGCCAGGAGGACCUGCUGGACAACCUGGUCCACGAGAAGGAGCUGCUCCUGGCCAGGCCGACCCCCCGUGCCUCCUUCCAGGAGGAGAAGAGCGCUGUCAUCUAG